AUGUCGCGUCUCGUGCGAGGGUAUCGUCUGGUGACCCCAUACCCAGCGACACCGUCGGUGUCAUCACGCGCGGUUACCGUGACCGCCGCAAGGUUCUCCUCGUCCUCGUCGAGCCCCAAACCAAAGCCUCCGCCACGGACCCGGCCCUCCGCCCCUCCGCCGCCGUUCGAGCUCGUCCCGACGUGCCCCUCGCCGACAUGCGAGUGCGCCGCGACGCCGGCGAUGCCGGACGGGCUCGAGAUCGACCGCAAGGGCCCGCUCAACGGCGUCGUGUCGGCGUACGCGGAGCAGGUGCUCGUGUGCACGGGCAAGGACGACUGGGCGUCGCGCAUCGAGGAGGAGAACAGCGGGGAUAACCUCGCUGCGGAUCUGAAGGAGUUGUUUGGACGCGGUGGCACGUACAGCGAUCCAUGGCACAACAUCUCGGUCCUCAACGCCUCGUUCCCCUCGUCCACGCCCAAACGGAGCGAGCUGCAGACGACGAGCGCCUACCUCCUCCCGAGCUUCAAGUACGUGCCGUUCCUGCCGCGCGUGAGCUUCGACAGCGUGCAGGCGCUCGCCAAAGGGUACCUCCUCCCGGAGAAGCUGCACCCGAUGCACGACGGCCUGUCGCCGAUCCACCGCGACCGGCUGACGCGCAAGGAGGCGUACCGGUCGCUGCUGUACGGGGUGCGGGACGUCACGGACGUGCUGGUGCUGAUUUGCGGGCACGGCGGGCGGGAUAUGCGGUGCGGCGUCAUGGGCCCCGUUUUGAGGGACGAGUUUGAGGCGCGGUUCGAGGGGCUCGGGGUCGAUGUUGCGAGGGGGCCGGUGGAGGUCGAUGAGAGCGGAGAGGAGAAGGCGAAGAUCGCAGCGCCCGAGGACGAGAAGAGGGAAGAUGGGAAGAUGGCGGCGAGGGUCGGGUUGAUCAGCCACAUUGGCGGGCACAAGUUCGCCGGGAACGUGAUUGUGUACAUACCGCCGGGCCUGCGGAUGAAGGGAGGGGAGAAGCACCCGCUUGCUGGGAAGGGGAUUUGGUACGGCAGGGUCGAGCCGAAGCACGUUGAAGGGAUCGUCAAGGAGACGGUUCUCGAGGGGAGAGUAAUUGCGGACAUGUUCCGUGGGGGUAUCGAUGAGAACCGGAAGAUUCUCAGGUUGUGA